UUAAUUAAAUUGUAAAAAGCGAAAUCUAGAGUUGGCAACACCGGUUAACCAGCAGAAAGUUCAGAUAACUGCCUCUUGUGAAAUUGAAAACACAAUAAGUAUUUCGCGAUUCGAAACAUUUCACUAUGGGACUCUUAUUUUCGAGAUUUAAGCACCCUCAGACAACUAUAGAAGUUUUGGAGCAGAUAGACAAGGACAUCUCGCGUCUGCAAAGGAAUCGUAAAGCAAAUCAAGAUAAACAGAAGAAGCUUGUGGCCACUUUCCUGAUUUAUUCUGUGAUCGUCUACAUCCUAGCAGCUGUGAUUUUCUUUUUGCUCUACUUCCCAGAGCAAUGGGCUGCAAGAUUUAUCUACUCCCUCCCUCUUUUGCUGUUUCCUUUCUUGAUUUGGGGAUUGAAAAAACUCUUGCACUGGUACUUUGUAAAAAGAAUCCACUCCAACGAUCUUGCUCUGCAAAGCUUAAGGGAAAGGAAAAAGCAAAUUUUGGAAGAUGUCAUGGAAACAGAGACUUAUAAAAAAGCUAGGGAAAUUUUAGAGAAGUUUGACCCUUCCAGAUUACGACAGCUUGAGGGAACUGUAGAAAGUCCAGCACGAGGAGGAGCUGGUCCUUCAUCUAUGGGAAUGGGAACUGGCUUACACCAAAGAAAUGUCCAAGCCUCACCAUCACAAUUGCAAGGUAACUUUAACCCCAGGAUGGCUGUGUCCACACCUCAGAGGCAGAGGCUUCCACCAGGCACCCCAAUUCCUAUGCAGAGACCUUUGCUGAGACCACAGAACAAUGUUAUAAUGAGACCCAGUGCGCCUCCUGGCCCUGGAUAUGCUGUUCCACCAGGACCUCCCAUGCCAAGGACAAUACUGUCCAGAGACAGGGGUGUAAUGGACCGUAUGAUGGACUACUUGGUUGGGGAUGGUCCUGAGAAUAGAUACGCCUUGAUCUGCCAGUACUGCCACUCCCACAAUGGCAUGGCCCUGAGAGAAGAGUUUGAAUAUUUAAGUUUUCGAUGCUGUUAUUGUUUUAGCUUGAACCCAGCCAGGAAGCAGAGACCUAUUGCUCCUCGUUUGGAAUUUUUCGCUCCACGAGGUGUGAACCAGAUGUCUGGGCGACUGUCAGGCAGUGAAGAGAGUAUCCACAACAAAGUCGUCAAAGAUGAAUCAGAGAGCAGUGAGGAAGAAGUGGAGGACGAUGGUGACAAUGAUAGCCCCAAGAUAGACAACUCUGUCCUCUCAGGAGAUAUAGAGAGGAAAGAGAGUGUAACAUCAGACAAUGGCAUUGGAGACAAAGACAAGCAGAUGCAGCCCCAGGCUGAGGAAGAACCUGCAGAAAAGGAAUCAGAAGAAUUAAAACCAGCAAAAGAAGAACCAGCUAGUGAAAACAGUGUAGGGGAGAGAAUCCAAGAGAUCCAGGAAGCUUUGACCCAAUAGUAUUUAAUAUCUACUUAGCUGCAUAUGACUGUCAAAUGGUACCAGUUGAAAGUAUGAUUAAUUUAUAAUAAUGCCAAUUUCUAUGUUCUUAAGUCUAGACAAUUUCAAAUACUAAAUGAUCUCUUUUAUAUUGAUUAAUAUUAUAAUUAUUAUAUAUCUUUUGUUUAUUUUGUUGAAGAGUGUCCAUAUUUCUAACCAAAAGUUGAUAAAAAAAAAAUUCCAUAGGUUCAGUAAUAGUAUGAAAACAAAAACCUCACUAAAAAAAAUCUGGCUACUAAUUAACUCUUUUUUAAACCUGGCAAGUGUGUGUCCAGGGUUUCAAAACAUUUCAUUUUUUUAAAAUGUGCAAUUAGCUUUAUCUGUUUAUGCCUUAUUGGGCUGGUAUUAUUGAAGCAUCUCCCUCCUCCUCCUCUCCCCCCCCCCCCAAUCAUUGCAUUUAUUGAAAGCAUUACCUUAGGAUAGCGUUGAGGUUUCAUGAAUCCAGUCCAGCUUAUUUGUAUGUCUCUAUUUUCAAGCACUGUUUUAUUUCUUGUCUGGCCAACUUUCCUAGUCACAUUCCUGGAGAAUCAAUGUGAGACAGUGUUAAAAAAAACUUGUGUCUGCUGCUAUAGAGUGUUUCCUUGGCUGUUUUUUUUUUUUUUUUUUUUUUUUUGCAACAUUAGUAAGAUUUUGUGUAUGUGUGUAUAGGUCACAACAAUAGCCAUGUUUGAAAAUGUUGAUAAACAAAUCUUUUUUUUGUUUCGAUAAAGUUUUGUUAACAAUGGAAUGAUAUCAAUGGUAUAGAAAACAACUUGGAAGCAUGUCAGUCAUAACUUAAGGAAACCACUUUUUAAAUAUGUUUUUGUAUUCCCCAGCAGACUUCAGAAUGAAUGUGUGAUGGCUUCCCCUUACCUAAUGCUUCAAUUAGAUAUUUAAUUACUUAGAUAAUUUAUGUGCCAAACAAUAAGGUCACUGCCUGGGAGAGGAGAGGGUCUACUUGGCCAGAAAAAUACACCCUUCUUUCCUCAUAUAUUAGUACACUUUAUAGGUCAAUUUUUUAAAUAUUUUUUUUCACCUUGUUCCCAAUAGAUUUGUUGGAACAAUCGAGCCAUCUUUUCAACAAUGACAAUACACUCUCUUCUCACUCUCUUUCUUUUGUAAGGCUUCUUUUUCCUUUAGCUGAUAAUAUCAUUGGGUUACUUGAUGUGUUGUUUUUUUUUCCAUAAAUCUUUUUUAUUUUUUUGCAAGACAUCAAAUAACUUAGCAUGAAAACAUUUAUUUUCUGAGUCUUUAUCUCUGUCAAGGAUUUUUUUGUGCACCAUACAUUAUUAACAGCCUAAAUUUGAUUAUAAAAAAAAAAAUAUUAUUUUUUGUUAGAUUCUCUUACGUGAUUCAUAGUCUGUGAUGAGGUGGCAGUACUUUUUUAUAUUUCUUUCUCCUUUUAUUUUGCACAAAACUGAGGUGGAAACUUUGAGUUAUUUUUUGCAUGGCCUCAACUACACAUUUUAGUUUAUAUUUUAUAUCCGACUACACAUCAUAGUUUAUAUUUUAUAUCCAGUCUCAAUUAUUAAAGCCUUUAACUAGUAAUUUAAUUUUUGAAGCAACAUUUGCUACUCACAAGAUAGGAAACUAGAAAAAUAUAAGAGACCUUGCAACUACUCUUUGUUUUAGUACUGUAGUUGUUUCUUUACGUUGUGUGCUGGGCCCGAAGGCUUGAUUGUUAGAUGAUUAAUCUGAAAGAUUGUCAUGGUUAAAACAUGUUGCCUGCUAUUUAGUCACCCCAUUUAGUCUCUUCUUGGUGCAUAGUGUGGACCUUCUCAAGUGAUUCAGAACAAUUCCUUCAGAAAAUUUCUUCUUUUGAGUUAUAAAAAUACCAUCAACAAAGCUUUGAUUUUCAUUGUUUGAAACAUAGAUGGAAAAAAAAACAACAGAUUUGUGUGUUUGUAUCUUGCUACUUUAUGAAUCAAAAUAUCAAGGUAUUAUAGUAAGUUUUAAAAAUCUAAUCUACCACUUGUUCUUCUGAAGGACUAUACUUGAAUUAUUUCAAGGUGCUAUUAAUGAGAUUAUUUAUGUGUUAAUAGAUUAAAUAUGCAUGAGUUUGUUUAUUUGCUUUGUCCUUUAAAAGGACACUUGGAUGGGUUGCUACAGUCUUUCAAAAUGGUCCUUCAUUGUGCACUCUUAACUGAUCAGAAAUUUUAAAAAUAAAAAAAAAAAAAAAAACUUUGAUCUAAUUACUUGAAUAAGUAUCUCAUUGUACUGUCUCUGCCAAGGCCUGUAUUGAUACCAAAAAGUUAUCUUGAUAAGACUGCUCUAGGCAUCACCAAUUUAAUAAAUAGAUGAAAGGUUGUCUAGAUAAGACUGCUCUAGGGAUCACCAAUUUAAAAAAACAUAGAUGAAUGGUAGCCUUGCACUUUGCCUUUUGUUUUCAAGAUUUUGUUGAAACUUAAAAUCAACAAAUUUAUCUACAAUUUAAAUCUGUGUGAAGGCUAGUGUUGACAUGCCAACUCAGAUUUGGCUUAAAGAUAUACUUUACAUAUUCUAGUUCUCAAGAAAAACCCAGAUAAAAAAGAAAAAGCAUUGCUUGUCCAUAUUUUUAUAUAUGUAUUUUAGAUGAAUGGUAGCCUUGCACUUUGCCUUUUGUUUUCAAGAUUUUGUUGAAACUUAAAAUCAACAAAUUUAUCUACAAUUUAAAUCUGUGUGAAGGCUAGUGUUGACAUGCCAACUCAGAUUUGGCUUAAAGAUAUACUUUACAUAUUCUAGUUCUCAAGAAAAACCCAGAUAAAAAAGAAAAAGCAUUGCUUGUCCAUAUUUUUCCACAUUGCCAUUUUUUGAAAUUCCCAGGUUUCCAGGGGCAGAGAAUGCUGUCUUAAAUAAUUUUCUUAAGUACUGGUGUCUGCUGCAUUUGCCAUGUUUACUAUUUGUUUGUUUACUAUAUGUUUACUAUUUUGUUGUUUUGAUAUUUCACUGAUCAGAUAUUGUCACCAUGACGAACCACAUUCACAUUUGUAUUCAAUGUUAUUUAUACUGGUACGUGUUGCUUCUCAUAUGUCCAAGUCUGCAUGGUUGACAAGUGUCUGGUACAUGAGAAAAUGUAUGAAAUGUACAACUGUGCUGCAUGUGAAGGCUUUGAAUCACACCAGUGAUCUAGAGGCAUGGACAAGAUAGUAACUUCAUCACAGCUUUGUACAAGAGAGCUGUCAAUAUCCAACUUUUGUUUUUAAAAAUAAUGACUUUCACAGUGUUAGAAUUUAUGAGAAAACAAUAUCUCUCCUUCCUACCAAAAUAAGAAUUUUUUUGUAGCUGAGAAGAAUCAGAGGACUGAAUCCAUGCUUGACGCAUUAAAAAAAAAUGUAUUAUAAGAUUAUUUUGUGAAUGUUGCAAGUAAAAAAACCUCUAAUUGACUGUUUAUAUUACGAUGACGAAACAUUAUUUUUAUGUGGAUUAAAAUAGCUUUUAAAUGUUUAAAUGGCCUAAAAAAUAAAAAUGCAAAAUACACCUCCAUCUUUAUUAAGGAAUUUUGUUAAGUAGAUGACCAAAGUAAAUUAGUAUUAAGAUACUACUGUGAUUAGUAUAAGCUAUACAUGUAGCAUUGAAUUACAUGAUGUACCUCAUGAAAUCAAUGUUGAUUUUCUGUCUGCGCAUAUUUAAAUAAUGGUACAUAAUAGUUGUUAACUUUCUUCUUUCUGUAUUCUUGUUUAAGUAUAGGAAACUUUAGACUGAAUUACCAAAAAUCUGUUGGGAAAUCCUCAAAUGUGACUCAACUUGACUCAGUAAUUUUCUUUAUGAUGUAAAAUUUUAGUCAGACAAAUUAUUUAUUCUUGAUUUUAUUUACUUUGGUAUAAAAGUUUCAAGUCUUUAUUAUUUAGGUGGACAGAUUUUUUUUUUACAAACUUGUUAAUAUUAUGUUUGUGAUUUUAAAAAAAUAAUGACAUGUAUUAGCAGGGCUGGCAUUAUGCAGAUUUUACCGAUUGCUCCAAAUUGGGCCCCAAGCUUGGCAGGGGACCCUCAGAUUACAUUUACACUAUCAGGCAUGGCUCUUGCCCCAGCUUUUAUAGGUGUAGAACGUAAAAGGUUGACAUAUUUAGUGUAUCGUAGGAUUGACGUAACUUUAAUGAACCCACUGGCCCUGUUACAUUUGAGUUACUUCCUAUGCAUGUUGUAUAAUUAAUGCUGAUAAAAUUAUCUAAUUAAUAGUAAUAGUAAUAUUGCAAAAAUAAAAAAUUAGAAGAGGGGCGUCGCAAACAUCCAUUAAAUUGGGCCCUGCAAUUUGUAAGGCCGGCCCUGGUAUUUAGUAGCCUAUUGUUAAAUGAGGAUAGUUUUUUUUUGUUUGGUAUUGUAGGGUGUCAAAUUAGUUCUGUAGACCAGAUUUCAAUAUAAAUGGAGAGGGCUAGAGAAGGAGGUUUAUUCCAACGUUUUGGUGUAUGAAUGUUGGCAAAAAUGGAUUGAACUUUUACUGUGAACUAAAUUAAUUUUGGUCAUAUGGAAUGUGUGUGAAGCUUGGAGACUAUUUUAAGAAUUAGGGUGGAAGCAUAGACUAGCAAAGUGUUGACUCUAAUACUAGUACUGGUGUGGUGUGUGCUGUGACAUUUUAUUAUUUUGAGACAUUGUCAGGGGAGGGGUUAUUAUUUUCUAGUAUUAGUUUCAGUUCUGACACCAAAUGUUAUACCUGCUUGCAGCCACACACACACACAAAAUUAACCUGUUGUUGUUUUGUUUUCCAUUGAAGACAUUCUCUCUUGUUCUCAUGUUGUAUACCAUUAAAAUGUAUGAUGAUACUUGCUUG